CCUGCGAUAAGGCAUGCACGUCAAACAAAAUGGCGUCGUCUAUUACAAAAUUUUGUACAAUAUUUCGUGCACCAGCGCUUUCCCAAAGCUCGAUUUUAGCUCCUCGCCUCGCAGCGUUGGGCAGACAUGAUCCUAGUUUAAAGAGGAGGAAGAAGAUUGACCCGAAAAAGAAACAGAAAAAAUCAUCAAAUAUUUCAAAAAAGCCCAUUGAAAUUUUCCCACCUGUGGACCCAGAGGCUUUCGUCGAUAGGUAAGGAUAAUACCAGGGACGUAGCCAGCCCCAAACAAGAGUGUGUGUGUGUGGGGGGGGCGGGGUGUUAAUUGUCCAGCCGCUCUAUUUUGUAGGGUCUGCAAAACGGCUAUUUUCAUGAUAUUAAAUCUGAAAGCCACAGAUUUGGUAAUAUGGUAUAUUUUAUGUCAUAGACAUAGAUGAAAACAUUACUGUGAACGCGAAAAGAAAUUUGAAUUCAUAUGAAUUGAUCAACUUGAGGAAAUGAACUCAUGCAAUAUUUUAUCAACACUUCCAUUGCAUCGACAGUAAGAGGUUACGCCCCCUCCCCAGUUUCUCCUUAGUAUUGAAAGAAUUACAAAAUUGAUCCGGAAGAAAAGUGGUAGGAGGGGUCUGGACCACCCAUCCCCCCCCUUGGGUAUGCUUCUGGAUAGUGCCAUGGAGGUACUCCUCAAAAUUUAGGCAGGAGUAAGUCAUCUUGAAGUCCACUAGACAACUACCCUAUUUCCUGUAACACCAAUCUGUCACACACCUGACACCCCCAAUUUUUCAAUACCCUAUUUCAUACAAAAAAGCACUAAUUCCUAAAUUAUAUUGAAAUACAAGAGGGAACCAAUCACUCCCACUUGCAGGUUUUUAAGCAGAUCAAGAGCAGAAUAUCCAUCUAUGUAACAAUACCCUACAUUUCAGUAGCUUAAGUCAGUUAUAAGAAGGGCAUCACACUAACCACACAUCUUUCACCCAUGUUUCCCUAGGAGUUUACUGCAAAAUGAUAGAGUGAGAAACGUGCCUGAAGUCGACGAACAAGAGCAGGAAAGAAGAGUUUUAUUGUUGAAGGAAUGGUCAAAGUACAGAAAUCAACAACAAAGGGACGAAUUGAGAAAACUGCAAGAUGUUAUUAGUUCUAGAGAACUGGCAUUAAGAGAACUGAAAAAAGUUUCCCCUUGGCAUUAUGAAGAAGCUGUUAAGACUGAUGAAUCAUUGUUUCCACUGCACUUGCAAGGACCAACGGAAACACCACCUAUACUUGGCUACAUUGCUCCUGACAUUAUUGAUGAAAAAUAACUAAUCUUACUAUAUUCUAUAGUUAUUGUAGUUGUGUGACAUAAACUAAUAAAUAAUUAUAUACAUUGGUACAUGAACCAGGCAUACCAUACUUGCGGAGUUCCAAAACAAACUGGUGGUAAAAUUAUAUGGGUGAACUUUCUGAUGUGCACCCUUCCCCCUGCAGCUGCAUCGAUCCCCAAGGAAAAGGUGAUAUUUUAACAUAAGUGAAAUUUCAGUACUAAUGUUUUGGUAUUUUUGACAUAAUUUGCUGUGAUGCAUGGUGAAGAGUGCACCUUGUGAAUAAUCUGCACAUCCUCAAACAGAUAAGUAUAUAUGGUUCAGCUGAGAGAGAAUGUGCAGAUUUUUCAGGAAGAUGGGGGGGAUUGACUUAAUGGAGAUAGAAAAAAUGACUGACUGAAAAAAUAACUGACUUAAUGGAGAUAGAAAAAAUGAAUUGUUAUUUAGCUAUGAUGGUGUAAAGAAAAAACAGUCUUUCUAUCUUGGUUUUCUGGGUGGUUUAUAAGGUGAUGUUGUGUGAUCUUCAUACUCGCCCCUUCCAUGUCCUUCCCUAAAAAAAAAAAAACAAUAUCACAAUCCAAUAUCAAAUACAGUUUCUAUAUAAAUUCUAGUAGAAACAUUGUUACCCAGGGAGGGACAUUUUGACGUAAACAUGUGCCUGGUGUAGAAUAAAUUACUUCUGAAUAAAUUGCUCAUGCAAUAAAAAAAAUAUUUGCUGUGAUGUAUAAAAAGUUUCUGGGAAUGUAUGGUGUGCAAUUCGUUAUCAUUGAAUAUAAUUAGCAAUUGUAAAUGGACCUUAACAAAAAUAAGCGUAAAAGGGCUUUUAGACCAUUUGAUAGGCUGUAUAGAUUGUCAACACCCAUCCAAGCCAUAUAACUAAAAUGUUGCUCUAAAUGUCGUUCUUGUUUCAUAACCUGCUUGUUCUGUACCUAUGUUUGUACAGAACAAUGUACUUAUAAAUGGUAGGACUUAAUCUGGUCUAUAGCAGUUCAAUAAGAAACUAUUUGCACCUGUACUAGGAGG